UAUCGGAGCGGCUUGACCGUCACAUUACAUUACAAAUUAUCUAUUAAUUAUAGUUUGAUGGAAGCUGAUAUGCUUCGCUGAUGAUAUGCAUAUGCUGCUUUGAUGUCAGACUCCAGCACUGAAUGCGCGCAGGAUUUUUAAAUACGGUUAGUUUUGUGAUUCCGGGCUGCCUGUGCAUCGCUGGGACUAAAGCAAAUGCAAAAAUCCCCUCUAGUUGCCACCUGGAGCAGGACGAUGGCUAUCCAGCUUUGACUGACGGCUCAUGUCAAGUAGAAUUGGUUACUAUAGGAACAUGGAGACAGUUGGCAUCAUUCAAGCUCGUGCUCGAGAAUGAUUAGGGCAUCCAGUCUAUCAGGGAACACCCUGAUAGCAUGCCACUUCCCUGUGGUGCAGCUUCCCCCGUGGCAGCUUCCUGUCCAGGCCCUGUGCAAUUCUGCCAAGAGGACUGGUCGGCUGUGCUCGGCGGGACUGACCCGUGCUCUCUCCCUCCCAGAGCAAGACUCACUCCACAGAGAGCCUGCCUUCACCAGCAGCCGAAGACAUAUAUCUAGCAGCUACAGUAGUCUCAAAGAAGACCGAGCAGAGGAGGAGGGGGCCAGUGACAGCAGUGGGAGGUAUGAUUCCACCUCCUCACCGGAGGACGCACCUCAGCAGACCAAUAUCAAUAUGGAGAAGGAUGGCUCUGGAACUAGAGGGAGUUUACGGUCACACAACUCAUUCCUUCCCAGUACAGAACUAGAUGAGGAUGAGGAAGAUGAAGAUAGUGACGGAGAUAAUCUACACAAGUAUCAUGAGGACUCCUCCUUUAUGCUGCAUGGGAAUUCCAACUGGCCACUAAGUAAUGUCACCAGAAAUCGUAAAAUGCCCCUCCAGGACAUGGACAGUGUGUGGGUCAAGGAAGGGACCAUGCUGGAUACCAAGGAUGGUAGAGAAUGGCUGUCAAACCAGCCCAACCGGCUGGACUCAUUGCAGACGGACUGCCAAUGCUUCCAUGUCAGCAGAUCUAACAUUACACUGAUGGAGUGUGGAGAGCAGGACUCAGCCAAACAAAAAGAUAAUAUGUCCUGCCACACCCACAGUCAACCCAAAUGUUCCCCAGGGUCGUGCUCCAACGGUCACGUGGAGUAUGUCAGUGACUCAUCCUGCAACAGUUCUGAUGGUGUCCUGGUUAACUUCUGCACAAUGUAUGACAGGAGCAACAACCCUGCCACACCUCACAACCUCAGCAGCCCCGCAAUUCAACCCUCUCCAUCAGCAGAGGGAUCUGUGUUCCUCAACCUCCAGCCGGUUCCCCAGACUCCCACCAGGGAACUCCAGCACAGGGACACGACUGUCUCCUCUCCCCCACAAGCAGAGGUUGAGGUGAUGCCAUCUGCUCCCUGCUGGUCUCCUCGGGGCCUUGAUUCCAACUGCAAUCUUUACUCCCUAGAGCCAUUGUCCCAGGGUCUGUCCUCUCUGGAGGUAUCAGACCUGACUGCCUGCCUCCAGAGCCAGGCCACGCUGGCCAUGGGCACCAACCAGAAGUACUACAAGCUUGUGACCUGUGACCUCCCCUCUCAGUCACCCAGCCCCGCUUGGUCCAGCCUCACCAGCUGCCCUGAGGGUCAGAGCAGAACCAGCUCUUUCCCUCCCUCUGAACAUCUCUUUUUUAAUAAUAGGAAAGAAGGGCAACACAAUGAGGACAAGAAGCAGGAAAAAGAGGAUCAGCAAAAGGAAAGAAAGAGGUCCUCCUCAGCACAGUGUAGCACUGGGUCUGACUGCCCUCAGUAUUGGAGCUGUGACUCCCAGGUUGCCACAUCUUCAACUAAAAAAGCCGUCUGCAAGAGGGCAUAUACAGACAACAUCCAGAACCACUUGCACACCUCCUGUUCCCCAUGUCCCACCCAGGAUUCUGUUUCUGUGAGCCAGUGUAGCACACAACACAGUAAAUGGCAAGAUUCAAACGCUGUGUCCACCCCACCAUCUGUGAUUUUGGACCAGGAGCACUGUGACACUGACACUAAGGCGAUAGGAGCGUGUUCAUCUGCAAAUCCAGUGGUGCGCUACAGCAAAGCCCAGAGGCCGACCUCACUGCCCAUCCAGCCCUUUGUUCUGCUACCCCCAGGCAAACCCCAGUCCCAGCACUUGGGCUGUCUUCUGGAGCAGUACAUCAGUCAUAAGAGCAGCAAGUCCAAUGGCUCCCAACCGGGCUCCAAGUUUAAAGGCAAAGCCAACCGAUGCCUUACUGAUCUACAGCCCUCACCUCUGGGCAGCCGUGGCCCCAUUCUCCUCGAGGCUCCUUCAAGCUCUGAUACCUGCUCCACCUGCACACCCAGCCCAGAAUGCUUCAGCUACAGACACACUUGGAAACAUUCCAGCACAGGCCGAGGACAAAUCAGUCCAUAUAGAGCCCAAACCCACCUAGAUCCAACUCACACCAGCCCAAAGCCCAAAUUGGUUCAGGAACAAGACAAAAGCCCAUACUCAGGCAAAACUCAGACCAACAGUUUUUGUAAUCCAAACAUCAUUAACCCCAACACAACAGCAUUUAUUCCACUCCAAAAUCAGCCCACCCUUGUUAGAGUUCCCACCUGCCAAGACCUCAUCCACCUUACCCCUCUUCAGAGCCAUUCCAGCCCUGAACCUAAAAAUCAAAGUCCCAUCCAGUCCCAAACCCACAAUGCUUACUACUCAAUAUUCUCUCAUACACCACCCACUUUACCCCCAACCAGUCACACCCAUCAUCCAAACCUGCAGGUGUUCCACCCUCCUGCUGCAGCCCCGCAACUUCAAAGGAAUUUACCAGAAUAUUCAGCUGCACCUGCAGCUGAGUCUGGCCUCUUUCACAAUAGUCUUACAGCUGCCCUGUCUUCAGUUGCCCCUCUCUCCUCUUUGAGUUCUCUGCUUUCUUUUGCUGGUUGUGGGCCGCAUCCACAGCAAAUACAGGACUCUGCAGGGCUAAGUGGGAAGCAGAGCCACAGUCAACACAAUGAGUCUCUGAUCCUGAGUGACAGGCCACCCAUGGAGUUCUGCCUCUCACCUGAUGCAUCCUAUGAAUCCAUGUCUAUCAGCCAUCUUCAGAGGAGAGGUUUGCUGAGGUCUGUGAGCAUGGCAGUGGAUUUGAUCAUGGCUCAUUUUGGUAGUAGCAGAGAUCCUGAAGAAAAGAUGCGGCUGGGCAACAGCUCUCGCAGUCCCACAAUUGCUGGUCUGGUCUUGGAGCACUUAUGUCCAGCAAUACAGAACAUCCUGGAAGACGGUCUCAGGGAUCACAAAUUGGAUCUCAUCAUCGGGCAGCGCCGCAACCACUCCUGGAGUGUAGUGGAAGUCUCUACUAAGACAGGUCCGUCUACCAAGGUCCUUCACAGCCUGGUGUCCAAAAUCAGGCAGUGUCCCCAGCUCACCAGCAACUGCAUGAGGCUGAGAGCCUUCAUCAUGGGCCUACUUAACUUGAGAGCCUUGGAAUUCUGGUUAAGUCACCUUCAGAGCCAAAAAGAUGUCGUGACAACAUACUACCAUUCUUGGGGGUUCCUAUCCACGUCACAGGGCCGAUGUCAGCCACUGUUCCAGGAGCUGCUGCUUCUGUUGCAGCCGCUCUCUGUGUUGCCCUUCGACCUCAACCUGCUGCUGGAGCCCCGACUGUUACGUAACAGACAGCUCUGUUCGGAGGAGCAGGGUGUCCCUCCACUUCCACCCUCCUCAGCCCUCUUAAUGACCAGCUGGCGACUGCUGCAAAACGACCGAAAGGUGGACGCCACGCACGACAGCAAGCAAACUCAUGUUUCACACCAGGCUGAUCUGCAUGUCCCGGUGUCCUCUCAGAAGUCAAGUCGUCACCAGCAGGAAGCCAGAGAGAGGUACGCCGAGUUGGCCAACAGGAGUCCAUGGUCAGCCCCAAUUCAAGCAUGGUGGCCACAAGAAACUGCUCUUGUGGAUGGUGUGGUUGAAGGGGAGGACUGUAGCCAGAGUUACGCAGACCGGCAAAGAGAUAUGGACAGGAGGCAAGAGGAGAGGAGGAGAGAGAGAGAAACAGGGACCUCAAGAGGAUCAUCAUCAUCAAGUCUUCACGUCCAGGAUGAGAGUCCCUCUCAGGGUGGGCUGCGCUGGGCCAAACUGUUUGGAGCAGGAGGAGAUCCUUCCACCAAAACACACAGUGCAUCUCAAAGCCACAGUGGGGCACAAACCAAAAGGUUCAGGCGACCAUCACAGUGGCUGCAUUUGGACAGAUCACAACUUGGACUGUUGGCCCAGUCCGUGUGGUCAGUGAAGCUCGGUGGAGCUCAGACUGACAAAGACUAGGAUUCAGAGAAGUCUAGAUCCUCUGAAGUUGGGUGACGGAGGAGAGACUAUUUACCACAUCUUGAUUGCAUGAUAAUUACUUUAUACUACUGCAAAGCACAGUGCUCAGUCUCACUGGCUCACUGGUCAAAAAGCACAUAACAGUCAGUUUAAUAUUAACGCAUGAGUGAAAGUUUUCACUGUGUCCAUAAAUGCGUUUCCACUCUGGAACAACCAAGCGGUGGAAGUGCUUGUGUUAAGAAUUACUCUCCUACUUUCCUAUCAAAUAAUGUCAGUGAAAAUUGACCUGCCCAAUACUGUGACCUCAUACCAUUCUUGUGAUACAAAACUAUCCAUAUCACACACAUCUGUCAGUCUCUCCACUCCUGUACCUUUCAUCUAGUCUAGAAAAAAAACCCAAAAGCAAUAUCCUACACUCUUAUUAGUGCCAAAUAUGCCAUGCACCAGCCUCCUGUAGUGGAUUGUGGGUGAUGUAUUACAGUUCUUGUGACUUGUUUUUGACCUAAUUCUCAGCAUGAAUUUAUGUGCAUGAGUUAACAAAAAAAUAGUAGGUGCUACAGUAUUUAUUUGAGUAGGAGCUUGAAUUCACCUCUUAACUUCCUAUUAAUGUUUUUAUGCCUGUAUAGAUAAGUUUUGAAAAAUUUCUGGCAAUUGAAUUUUAGAUAUGUGCGGAAGUGUUUGGUUUAUACAGAUAGUUUGUCUCCCGGUUGCACAAAUAUAAGCCAUCAUGUGGUUGUUUCAGGUAUAUAGAUGUGUAUCAGGUAUAUUUUAAUAGACUGGUUAUAAGCUAAUAACGGAGACAGGAAAUUUGUUCUCUGCAUCUGUUUAAUUGAAUUUUUUAAUGUAUUGCAAUAAUGUGAAAUAGGUGAAAUUACACCCAGCUCCAUUUCCCCUUCAACCUUUGAAUGCAUCCCUCUAAGCCCAGUGACAAUCAACCUCUGUGAAUAAAGACUUGACAUAUUUAAUCUUCUUGUUUCAUCAACAAUACUGUAAGUUCAUGUUACUGUAAUUGCUGUACCACAAAAUUCAAUAUAAACCAGUUUAUGAAAGCAUGCAA